AUGGCAACAGCUACAUACCCACCACCACCGCCGUUUUACAGAUUGUACAAAGAUUAUACUGAAAACCCUGAAUCAGCUCCAGAACCUCCUCCUCCUAUUGAAGGCACUUAUGUGUGUUAUGGUAGCAAUUACACUACUGAUGAUGUGCUUCCAAGCUUAGAAGAGCAAGGAGUGCGACAAUUGUACCCGAAAGGACCAAAUCUUGAUUUCAAGAAAGAACUAAGGUCACUUAAUAGAGAAUUGCAGCUUCACAUUUUGGAGCUUGCUGAUGUUCUUGUUGAGAGACCAUCACAAUAUGCUAGGAGAGUGGAAGACAUAUCCCUUAUAUUCAAGAAUUUGCAUCACCUUCUCAAUUCAUUGCGUCCCCAUCAGGCUAGGGCCACAUUAAUUCACAUUCUAGAGCUUCAGAUACAACGACGUAAACAAGCAGUGGAGGAUAUUAAGAGGAGGAGAGAAGAGGCGCAGAAACUUCUCAAGGAGGCUCUUGGAACCUUAGAGGGACAGUAG